AUGUCAGGACAAGGCAUUUCGGGAGCAGGCAUGUCCGGUUACUCGUACGGGAGUCAGCCGUACCAGGUUCCGUUCACGCACAUGAGACCGGCAUUUGCGGCGCCCGAUGCGUACCACCAGUUUCAGGACCCCGCGGUGUACCAGGGAGGAGGGUACGCGGCGGGCCAGUACGGGAGGCAAGGGGAAGAGGAGUACUUGGUCGCGAAAUUCUCCGAGCAUUCAUUACGGCAGAAUGCGCCCGGGAUGGCUCCCACCGUGCUCUCCGGCCAGACGACGGGAGAGCCGUGGCCGCGGUUCAACAACGGAGAGGACUCGCUCACAGCGCGAGGUCGCAAGAUGGCGCGGGGGAAAGGUGCUGCAUGGGAGCAUGGGGACGCGGGUAUGGGGCUGAACUCACCAGCAGGACCCAUGGGUCAGCCGCAGCAGCAGUCAGCAUGCCGCUACGACAACUCCCUUGGGCUAUUGACGAAAAAGUUCAUUGACCUAAUAAAGGGAUCAGAUGACGGCACACUAGACCUGAACACUGCAGCAUCGACCCUCCAGGUCCAGAAGCGGCGGAUAUACGACAUCACGAAUGUGCUGGAGGGCAUAGGGUUGAUUGAGAAGAAAGGGAAGAACAACAUUCAGUGGAAGGGUUUGGAGUGUGAUUCGACCAUCAAAGAAGACUCGCAGAUCCUACAGGCGGAGUUGAAUCGGCUAAGAGAGGAGGAGUUGAGUCUGGACAAUGGCAUCAAGGACAUGAGGGAGCGGUUACGGCUGCUAAAUGAGGACGACAAGAGAAAACAAUGGAUGUUUGUGACAGAAGAAGACAUUAAGAAUUUGCCAUGCUUUCAGAAUGAAACCCUGAUUGCCAUCAGAGCCCCACACGGCACCAUGCUGGAAGUACCCGACCCUGAAGAGGGCUUUGCACAGCGCAAGUACCAGAUACUGCUGAAGAGCACCAGUGGGCCUAUUGACGUCUACCUGGUCAGCCGGUUUGAGGAGAAGUACGAAGGAGCAGCGCCUUCCCAGGCAGGCCAGCCGGAUCAGCAGCAGCCGCAGCAGCAGCAGCAGGGGCAGGGGCAGCAGCAAUCCCUAUUGGGUGGGCAUGUGUUUAGUGAUGGGAUCAUGGGGAAAGCGGGGGAAGCACAGUCGGGCAUCGUUCAGCUCACCCCUGCCGAGUCACAUGACUAUUGGUUGCUACCGGAUCAGCAGCUGGGACUCACAGACAUGUGGCGACCUGAUGGCCCAUGGGAGGACCCCACUCGACUGAACACCUCUGAUGCAGGCAUGCCUGGGGGAGGCGGCACCCCACGUGCCCCAUUCUCACUCAAUCCCAUUCCUGCCCCCCUCUUCAUUCCUCUUGAUGCUACUUCUUUCCCCUUCACUCCCCCCCUUUGUGUUGACCCCUUCCACCCGCCAGGCCCAUGGGAGGACCCCACUCGACUGAACGCAUCCGAUGCAGGCAUGCCUGGGGGAGGUGGCCCCAACCAUGCUCGCCUGUUUUUGUCCCUUGACAUUCUCUCCCCUUCAACGCCCUCCCUUGCUUUCAUCCGCCCAUCCACCCGCCAGGCCCAUGGGAGGACCCCACCCGUCUGA